GUAUAAAUAUGUACAGAGUAAACGCGGCAUCUUUGGCGGCAGGUUUUUAUCUUAUCGUAGCUCAGGCAUCUGACCCCUCCAACUUCCAGCAGUCAACAUCCUGUACUUCCACAACACCGGACCUCUCCACAUCCAUCAACUACCUUAAGACACCUCACAGCAACUCUCGAUCACUGGCCGAGAAUUGCGCGCCAAUAUGGGUAAGUAGCGGUUCUUUCAAUAAAUGUUGAGCAGUUUACUCCAUCACAGGAAAACGGCAGCUAACAAUUUGCCGUCGCAGAGCUUCCGCUAACCGACAAGCUGGUCGACCGCCAGCGCGACGCCCUCUUCAACUACCCGCCACCCACAUCCCAAGCCGAGAUCAGCGCCAAGCGUCCGUGGAUGCGAGAUCCGACCUACUUCAAGACGGUCCGCAUCUCGCCGAUUGCCCUCGUCAAGAUGGUAAUGCACGCCCGCUCCGGCUGCCCCCUCGAGGUCAUGGGCAUCAUGCAGGGCUACGUCGACGGCACCGCCCUCGUCGUCACCGACGCCUUCCGCCUGCCCGUCGAGGGCACCGAGACGCGCGUCAACGCCCAGAGCGAGGCCGACGAGUACCUCGUCGAGUACCUGAGCCUCUGCCGCGAAGAAUCGCGCCAGGAAAACGUCAUCGGCUGGUACCACUCCCACCCGGGCUACGGCUGCUGGCUCUCAGGCAUCGACGUCGCCACCCAACAGCUUCAGCAACUCCAAGGCCCCAUGGUCGCCGUCGUCAUCGAUCCGGACCGCACCGUGUCCGCCAACAAGGUCGACAUUGGCGCCUUCCGCACCUACCCGGAUAACUACACCCCGCCGUCUCACCCCGCCUCAACCCCCUCCUCCACGGCCGGACCCACGACAACAUUAACAAGUACUAGUACUUCAGUCCCGCUAACAAAAGCAGACGACUACGGCGCUCACGCCAGCAAGUACUACCCGCUCGAGGUGGAGCACUACCGGUCGACGCUCGACGGCAAGCUGCUCGAGCUGCUGUGGAACAAGUACUGGGUGCAGACCCUGGCGCAGAACCCGCUGCUGACGAACCGCGAGUACGCGAGCAGCCGCAUGUGCGAUGUCUCGCAGCGCGUGCUCGAGGCCGCCGGCGGCGUGUCGAGGCUGGGCAAGGGCACGGCCGCCGCGGCGGGUGUGGGCAUGAGGAUGGGCUUGUUUGGCGGUGGUGGCCUGGGGGGUGGGGCUGGUGGCAGUGUGGGGGAUCUGCUUGGUGGUGGUGUUGGUGGUGAUGGCGGCAGGCCGGAGAGAAGUGGUGGGCCUGCGAAGGCAAGUGAUCAGGCGAUUGAGAGGAUCGUGCAGGAUGUGGCGCAGAUUGCAGCUAAGGAGAGGGCCGGGUUGAUGGCGGCCGAGGUGAAGGCGCAGAUAUUCAGCGGCGGGAAUUGAACUGCGUAAGCAGAAAAGAGGGGGCUAAGA